UCCUAGCAAUCACAUGAAAAGACGAGCGGAGUACCAGCAAAAAAAUUUAAUUAAUUAAACUAAUUAACUAAUUUUUUAAGUUGAUUUGAUUCGUGAAACUUGUAUAGGAGUCCAAACUUGAUGUUAAAGAGAUAAUGGAAAUUUAUAAAAAAUCCAGAAACCUUUAACAGCAAGCAGCUUGGAGAAUCUCCAUACAUAAAAUAAGUGAAAAGAAAAACCAAACCAACCAAGUCUGUAUUGUGUUUUUUCUGCCUGCCAUAUCAAGCAAACAGGAGUGGCAAGCAAUAACAACAACGAGCAAAGGCAACGCAACGAACACAAGUUAAAUUUUAUAUUGUGUAGCAAAAAAAAAAAAAAGAAUCAAGGAAAACGCAAAGAAAGAGGCAUAAAAUGCAAUAAAUAAGAAGAAAGAUGAAAAAUUAAUUUGUUUUAAAGUGAAAUUGGAAUUUUUCAGAGGAAAAAUGACCGAGUCCAUAUACUAAAAAUUAUUUUAUCUAUAAAACAGCAAAAAAGAAAAGUAAGAAAGAACAAAACGCGAAGAGAGUGGGAGAUUUUUUGUGAAUUUUGUUUAUAUUCUAAUUAACAACGUUGAUUCCUUUUUGAACGUGAAGAGAAGGAGGAACCUCAUGGCCGCCGCCGUACCAGGAAAAUUCAAUAUAUACUUGGCCCAUGAAGUAGACAGCUAUCACAUCAACAACAAAAACAACUACAACGUAGCAUAGCUGGCUGCUGUGUUACUCUGGUGAAAAUGAAAAAUGUGUGUGUAUUUAUAAAAAUAUCGCAGCAGGAACAACAACAAACAAGAACAUCAGCACGCCGAAAGAGAAAAAAUAGGGAAAAUAGCAUUCCCAGAACAUAAGGUUUUGAAGAAAAAGUUCUUUCCGAUAACUAUCGAAUUGUCAUAAAUACAUCGAGGUGUGGGUGCUUUCACAUGAAAAUCCAUAUCGAGCUAUAAAUUGACUGCCUGUCAAACGGGCAUGGUGUAUGGAAAAAACUACAGUUCAACAUAUUCCUAUUUUCUUUCUUUCAUAUAACAAUUAUCACAUUUCGUAUGAAACAGCCAAACAUUGUCUUAUUUAUUUAUCCCAUCUAACCAGUCGACAUAGGCUAGAAAGUCCCGAAAAGUGGAGAACAAACCCAUAUACGCUCACACAAACACCCAGCAUACACAGAAACAAAAAUCAUGUCCACUUGGGCCGAACGUGUUCAUCGUCGCGCUGCUGACUUCAGCAGUGUGGUUACCUCAUGCGGCCAUCCAGGCUCGUCAGCGCCCACAUAUCCCUAUCGUUUGGAAAAGGUGAAAUUUGGGGUGUCCCUGGAUGAGGUAUGCAAAAACGAUAACAUUCCAGGACCAUUGUUGGUCCUAAUACUCAAAUUAAACAAGGAAUCACCCAAUCGUCGUGACGUUUUUCGCGCCCCCGGUCAUCAGGGUGCCAUGAAAAAACUAAUACAUUUUCUGCAAGCCGGUCGCUUGGUUAACGUGGACAACUACUCCGUGUACACCAUAGCCAGUGUUCUCAAGAAAUUCCUGCGGAAAAUACCCAAUGGCAUAUUUGGUCGUUCGGGAGAGAACGAAUUAUUUGCCAUUAUUGAGCUAAGCAACGAGGCGGAGCAAAAUGAGCGUUUACACAAAUUAUUUACAUCACUGCCAAAAUAUACACAACAUUUAUUAGUUUUAUUAUUUGGUACAUUCCGUGUGAUUGCUAGCAAUGCAGAUCACGCUGGCACAGGCAUGACCAGCGAAGCUCUGGGUGUCUCGGUUGCACCGAGUUUCUUUCAGUCGUGUGUUAGUGAUGGUAAGACAGCACGAAUGGAAGAUGUUCUAAAAUUUAAGGUUGCCACGAAAAUUAUGAAAUAUAUCAUUGAUAAGUUCGCUACACAUGACUUGUUUGGUCGUGAUAACUAUGAAUACUAUGCUCGUGUAACUGGACGCAUAUUGAAGGUGCAAGAUGAAUGGAUAUGUAGCUUUCAAUAUCCACCGCCCCCACGGGGUAAACUAGCCCAACAGAAGUAUGCUUUGCAACACUCAUUGGAAGCCGAAAAAACAUGGUUACAGUGUCAAUGCGAACGUUGGGGUUUACUUGCUCAAGAGGAAUCUCGUUCAACACCUGCCUUGCUAACCAGUUCUAGCUCUGCUUUGGAUAAUAGUGUUGUAUCCUUGGGUGUAACUCCCGAACAUUCAUUCAUGGAAUCAUGUGCUCGACUCUCUGUAUCUUUAGAGGGUCCCGGAUUGUUCGCUAUGACUUCAUCACCAUUGCCUAAUCGUAACAAACACGAUUUUCAGCCAGACGAUGACGAAGAUGACGACAUAGAUGACAACGAUGAUGACGAUGAUGCCAAUGACGAGGAUGACCGUUUGAGAGAUUUCACCAACGAUUUGGACAUUUCGUCGAACCACGACGAUGAGAAUAUAGAAAACCAAUCGAAAAAUGCCAAUUUCCACAUGACUUCGUCGUCCACCUCGACGUCGGGUGCAACAAAGUCACGUCGUACCAUCAAAUCGAGAUCGUGUUCGCAUGAACAAACAGCAGGUGCUUCAGUUGAGUGUAACUUUACCGAUAGCCCCGACGAUGUGGAUGGCGAUGAAAUGAUGCGUUGCGUAGUGAAGCGACGUUACAAACAAAACAAAAAGAAAUCGCCCAGCAACUCGAAUACAGCGCAAAUACGCGGUGUCCAACAGCAAAGACGCCUAAGAACAAAUCCAAAUAACUCCAAAAGCAUAGAUGCCGGUCAUUCAAUCUCAACAACAACCACAACAAACCAAACGACAACACAGCAGCAGCAUCAUCAGGAUUUUCUUAACGAUUACGAAUUUAUAGGCAAACCUUCGACAUCUUCCUCUACGUUGAAAGCCCUUACGACGUCGACGACGAUGACGACGGUGAUGUCACAUGGCCCACAAAAGUCCCGCGUGUGCUCGCGUUGCAAAAGAGGAAUACGCCAUUCAUCAUCUUGCUCGUCGUCCACAGCCUCUGGGGGCGCUGCUGGCACCGCCAAAAAUGGCAGUGGCAUGACCAUGGACGAGUUAAGAGCCGUCAAUCGUUAUGCUGAAAGUACGAAAAGUUUAUCCUACUUGCCACAGGUCCAUGAACGACAAACGGCCCGCAUGCGAACUCGCUCAGAGUGGUUUUUGGGUCCCAAAGAUGGUGAUAUUUUGUGUGUGGCCCCCAAUACCUGUAGCAAUUGCUAUUUAACAGUCCAUGGAGGCAAUGAGGUGGCGGCGACAGGAAAUUAUUUGGGUGGUGGCAGCACUCGCGAUAUGCGAAGGGUCGAUAUUGAUCAGUCAUCGGGGCCCUCUAGUGGCACAGACCACCAUGCUGAGGCCGUCAAUACAUCAUUAUUUCUAUACUACAAGCAGCAACAGCAAAAUCAACGUCACCCUCUGCAGCAUCAGCAUGUGGCGGCGGGAAGCAGCGGUGCUGGCCAAAGACAAAGUUUCCAUUUGGCUCCCGAUUUCAUGAUGGACACGGAUGAGGGUUAUUAUUAUGGGGGCACUGCUUCAAAUCCAAUAACAACACAUUCCAGCAUACAACAGCAGCAAACACAUUUAUUGGCACCCUCAGCAGCGGCACUGGCGGCAGGACAGGAUCCUCAUUUGCUGUCGGCAACAGGAGCAGGACUUUAUUUGGACGCAAAUUAUGUUGGCAACAUCCGUUUAAGUAAUAGCGCCGAAUCCGUUCAAUAUCCUGUGCGAAGGCCAUCUACAAGGCGCAUUCUUUUGGGGGCCAAUAUACCAAGGCAAUAUCCUUUGCGUUCUUCUUUGCGGCGUCACAAGGAGAAGCAAGUGGGAACCACCAAUAGUUCGGCCAGUUGCUGUACCUCCUCCUCUUCAUCAUCCAAUGCCGCCUCCAUGACUAGACCUGUUUCAACAGCGGGCUGCUUUCUAAGCAAUUCAAGCAAUUCCGAAGCUCUUGCAGCCACAAAACAAAGUAACGAAUGCUGUGCCAUGGAAUCGACAGCCACAAUUAUCUUUAAGGGUCCGCGAGUUUAAAGCACUCAACACUCGUUAGUUACCAGUAACGAACAGGAAGGAAAAUAAAAUUAAGCAACUACAAAUGUAUUUGUGUAAACAUUUACAUUUAUGAAUUAGUAAUGAAUACAUACGCAACAACUGCAGGCAUCACCACCUCAGGUCAAUGCGGCCACAAAAUAUAAACUUUUAUUUGAGACCAAAUUCCAUUUUCUCAAAGAUAUGCCAAAAAUCGAAGCAUCGAAAGAAGACCGACCGAUCGACCACCUCUCUUCUAGCCCAAAAAAGUUUAGAUAUUGUGGUGCCUUAAGACCCAGUGCUUGUUUACAUGUGUUGUAUGCAUAUUUAUUUCUUCAUCAUUUCAACCAAAACAAGUCUGAUUUUAAGUUAUAUUUUUGAAAUAUAAAGCCUAAUUAUAAUAUCUACCUAUGACCUACCAAGAAUUAAGUUAAUGGAGCAGAAAAAAUAUAUAUAUUUUUGUUAUAUUUAAAAAAAAAAAAAGAUUUGCAUCAAAAUUUUGCCAAAAACAAAAAAGAAAGAAUCUCUUAUGAUAUUGGACAAGAAGAGCGUAUUUAAUUACUUGCUUUAAUACACAUAUACACAUCCAUACAUACAUGCGUAUGAAAGCAAUCAGAAGGUUAACUCUUAUACACAUACACACAUACAUGAGUAUGCAACCAAUCAGAAGGUUUACUCUUUGAUGAGAGUGUAGAAUGUUUUAAACAAAUCGCAAGCCCUCAACAGCUGCAUCAAAGAGUGCGAUGUGUGUGUUCGGGAAUAUUCACAACUGCAACAACAACAACUACUUUGCUCUUUUAUUAUGUUUACAAAAGAAAUUGAAAAAUAUUUUUAAGAAAUUCUGCUUCAAAUUUUAACAACAACAAAAUUAUAAAUAAAUAAGAAAAUUCACUUGAAAACUGAAGGAAACAAUUAAUCGUGAGAAAUUAAGCAUUUGUAAGAGAAAUAUUACCAAAUUGAAAAUCCAAAAGUUGCCACUGAAAUGAAGUCUCUUACUAUAAUAAUCUUCUUCGAAUCUUCCUUUUACAUUAGUUUUGGUGGUGCUUUCUAAGUAGGUUUUUGGAUAUAUAAAAUAAUGAAUGAGUCUGAAUUUAAAAAUGGUAUUAAACUCGAAUAGCUGAAGCCCAAUAGAGCUACGAGUGAGAAUCUUCUCUGCAUCAAACCACGCAAAUGACAUCUGCGAUAAAAUUAAUUACCUAUACGGAAAACAAUAAACAUCGGUUUCAAUCACGAAAUUAAUUGAUCCAUCUGAAACUGCUUCAAUUACGAAAAUGAUAAUAUCCAUCCCAGUUUUUGCAAAAUAUAACUGGAAAAAUUUCACACAAAAAAUGAUUGAAAAUGUUUGAAAUUU